CUUCAACAAUAAGACUAAUAUGUCUCUCGUGCGAGCGGGGAUUGCAUUAUCGAAGGCGGAAGAGAGAUUGAGAGAUGCUGUCGCGCAAUAUGAGAAAGACCUCAACCUCGACCAGCAGAAGACCUUGCUUGCCUACAGGCUUCGAGCACACAAAUCCCCCCCAGAUGUUAGCGACGUCAUGCGAAUUACGGCGGAGAUUGACCGCGUGUCCAAAACCAAAGUGUUUCGUGGCCGUUGUUUCGGCCCCCGGUUCACCAACAUUUUACAAGCCGUUCAACAAUUUGCAGCACUCGGAGAUGUUAUUGUUGGAGGCUUUCAGAAUCUUAUUGCUUGUGGAGUAUGGUCACUGGUACAAUUCAACUUGCUUCUGACGGCGAAUUCCUCUGCGUGUGUCGAGAGGCUCUCCAAGUUAUUGAUGGAUGCUGGCCGUGCUGCGCCACGUUAUCAAGAGAUGGCUUUGCUCUACCCGCGAUCCCGGUCGCUCCGGUCAAACAUGUGUGAAUACUUUACCGUUGUCGUCAGUCUGUGUCACCAACUUGUGAUGUUCACGAAACAAUCUAUCUUUCAACAGUUGAAAGCCUUCUUGAGUGACCAAGAGAUGACUUCGUUUCGAAACCAGCUUGACCACUGGGCUGUCUCAGUUAAAGCGGAAGUCUGGCUCGUCACGAAUAAAAGCAUCGAAGAGCAAGGAUUGAGUUUGAAGGCCAUCAUGAGCUCAGGAAAGACUCGUCGAGCAGAGAAAGCAAAGUUCAAAGUCCUCAACUAUUGUUCGACUUAUGAUUAUCAGUCCACUUGGAAAGAGCUACGAAAAGCGGGCAACACAAGUCUUCUUCAAGGCAGCGCGGAGUAUCACAGCUGGAAAACCGCACGACAGUCUGCAACCCUAAUAUGCCAGGGAAAACUAGGAUCUGGAAAGUCAGUUCUGCUGGCCAAUAUGGAUGCAGAUCUAGGCCUACACGUUGGCAGUGCGAAGUGUUCUAUCGUCUAUUUCUUCUGGCGACACAAUAUAGACGAAAGCUUGAAAACUCAAACGAUUAUCGGAUCAAUCGUUCGACAGCUUCUGACCCGUGUCGCCGACUUUACCGAGAUUGAGCGCCAGAGAGUUGAAGAUUACUGGCCAAGAUCGAGUUCAGCCGUUGACGAGGGAUAUCGAAUGCUUCAGGACUGUCUCCCGGCAGGCUUGGAAGCCUUUAUAAUCCUCGACGGUUUGGACGAAUGCACCGAGAAAGAGAAGGCCACUGUCUACGACCAACUACAGACACUUCAGAAGAGAUUUACUUUGCCUUUGAAUCUGCACCGACUCUCCGUUCGCAACAAUGCUGCUGAUAUCGCCAACUUCAUAGAUGACGAGUUGGAAAGGCUCAUCAAGUCGAGCAGGCUGAGGUUAACAGAUUCCACCCUAAGAUUGCCGAUGCUCUCUUGGAAGGCGCACAGGGGAUGUUUCUUUGGGUGGCACUCCAGAUCUCAGCUUUAUGCCAACAAGAGAAUCAGACAGAUGCCGACAUCCGUCGCGGCUUUGAAAAAUCUACCCAAGGACCUCAACGAGACAUUCUCGCGAAUCCUUAGAAACGCAACGGAAAACAGCAAGGGUUAUCAAAACCAGGUGCUCAAAGUUUUAACAACGGUAUACCGACCUUUGACGGCAGAGGAGCUUCGAGAUGCUCUAAGUUUUGUACCUGGAAACCGCGUUUGGAAUUCGGAAGAGCUCAUCAGCGAUAUCUAUGCCGUACUAGCAAGUUGUGGGAGUCUCGUUAUGUUUUUGUUUGGCGAAUACAAAGGUGCAGCACGACCAAUCAUUACACGAGAAGGGGCGGAAACAGCAGUGGGCGAGAUUGUUAUAACAUAUCUUUCUUAUGAUGUGUUCGAGAGUUCUAUCUCGGUCAGGGUUGCACCCCAGAUACCAGCCGCACCAGCAAAUAUCAUCCGGACAAUGGAAAUUCCACUCAAAGUCCGUGAUACUGCACUACGAAAACAGCCUGGAUUUGAUAUGGGCCAAGUCCUUUUCGCCACUAGUCAACAGUCAUCAACAUAUGUAGAAAAAUGGCCAUUCUACGGCUAUGCGAAAGAAAACUGGGAACGCCACUCAAGAGACAUUGAAACAAACAACUUGGAAAUGAUGCGACUCUUGAUCUCGGUUGCGCAUAAGCAAGUAAUUCUCGAGGAGAACGACACGUUGGUACGAUGGGCCAUAAGACACAAGCACAAUCCCGUCGCCCAGACCGCCACCGAUGAAAGGAAAUUCACCGAGUCCCUCAUGCAAUCUAUUGUCCACGGAGACAGCGAUUCUGCGAUGAAACUUUGUUGGCGAAAUUCCAUGGCGUUAUGA